AUGUUUCUGUUAAAAAGAGUAACUAAUUUUCAAAAACAUAAAUAUUUCUAUAAAUUAGAGGACGAAAUUUUUGUAAUUACAUCUUCAACUGUAGAAAGAUUUGAUAAAAAUUUAAGUUUACUUGACAUUAUUGAUUUUAGAGAUAAGAUACUUUCGACAAUUUGUGAUGGCAAUAUUUAUAUUUUAACUUUAACUCAUUUUAUUGAUUUAAAAAAUAAUAUAAAAAUUUAUUUAGAGCAUAAAUAUAAAAAAAUGCAUAAAUACAAAGAUUUAAUUUUGUUUGUUUCAACAAACAAAUUGGCAUUUUUUGAAUAUAAAAAUAAUAUUUUAAAACUAAAGUGGGAAUAUGUAAAGAAAAAUGAAGAUGUUUUUGUUAAAGAUAAUCUUAUUUUUAUUUUAGAAAACAAUUAUAUUUAUUGCUAUGAAUAUUUUAAUAAAAUUUUAUUAAGAAAGGCACAUAAUUUAUCUAUUGAGUGCUACAAUAAGAAUAAAGAUAAACUUGGAAUUAAUAAAUUAAUAAUUGGUCAAAAAAGUAUCGUUUUAUGUCAAGAAGAUAAAAUGCUUAUUUUAGAAGAAUGUGAAAGAUUUUUUGAUUUUAAAAAUUUUACGGUUUUUAAACAUAACGAUAAAACAUCAUGCUAUGAUAAUCAUUUGAAACAAUAUUAUACAAAUGAAGAAAUGUUAAUAAAAGCAAGUAAUUACAAGUUUGAAAUUUUUAACUUACUGUUAUCCCUAGAUUACUACGAUAAAGAAUUGGAUUUAUUUAUAUAUAACAAUCAGAUUGUAAAGGAACCUAAAAUUAAUUUAUAUAAAAUUUGUAAACGACCUGGAUUAGUCAAUUUAAGAAAUAUUAAAUACAAUUUUACAUAUGAUAGUACUAGUAACAUUGAUCCCAUAACAGAUAAUUGUUAUUCAGCUGACACAUUUUUUAUCCAACUUAGAAAUCUACAAUAUGGAUUUCAGACUAGUAAAUACAUCAUUUUAAUUUCGGAUAUUAAAAUUUACAGAUAUGUUAUUGACGAUAAAAAGGUGUAUUUUUUAGAUUAUAAAAUAUUUGAAAAUUUAUUAUUUGUAAAUUAUAGUUUUUUAUACUAUAGUGCCAAUAAUAAUUACUUUAUUUAUGAAUUUGAUACUCAGACUACCUUUAAAUACUAUAAUACUAGAAUUAAGGAUAUUUUAAAAAAUAAAGAUAAAUUGUCUAUUGUUACAAAUUCAAUGAUUAAAAUUUAUAAAAUUAAUUAUACAAAAUAUGAUAAAAUACAAAUGAAUGUUAAUAAUGAUACAGACCAAUUAUGUGUAGAGAAUACACUAAAUAACUUUUUAGAUAAAGAAGUUCAGUUAAAUUUAAUUAAUUCUGAAUAUAAACUUUGUAAAGGAGAAUUUUGCAUAAAUUUGGGCAAAAAUGUUGUAUAUUUCAAUGUUGAUAAAUAUUUUAUUUAUGUGGGAACAACUGAAGAUGUAAAAAUAUACAAGAUUAACAAUAUUAAUAAACCGUUUAUUAAGCUAAAUUAUGGAUUGAACAAUAAAUUGAUUAAUCCUGAAAUAAAUUAUGAUAAUGUACCCCUCGUGGUAUGUGUACAUGAAAAUAUGAUAUUUAUAAAUACAAAAUCUGGAUUGGCAAUUUAUAAAAAUAAUACUUUAUAUAGAAAAGAUCCUAUAUCUAGAAAUAUAUCCAGUUUUUACAUUUCAAACAAUAAAAUUUAUUCUAACGAUAGUUCUAAAUUUCUUAUUGUGCAAGAUUUUAAUUUUGCUAUUUUAGGUAUAAUCUUUAUUGGAGAAAAUAUUAAAACUUAUUUUGAAGAAAACAAUAAAAUAACAUUAAAAACUGAUAUAAACAACAUUAUUGAGAUCAAAGAGACUACUACAGGCAAAGAUGCAGAUUAUUUUAAUAAUUAUCCCCGCAUUAAUUUUGUGGUUAAUGUAAAAAGAAAAACUUAA